AUGUCUCUACGCGAGCCAUGCAUGGAAGACUUGCCUGUAGCUGUCAUGGUCGAUAUUCUCUCAAGACUUCCUGUGAAGACGAUCAUCCGUUGCAAAUGUGUAUGCAAGCAGUGGCAGAAUAUAGUAGUUUUUGACUCUUACUUUGCUGAUCUUCAACUCUCGAGAUCACCUGCAUGCUUGAUGAUUUAUUAUAAACCUGGCCCACUGAAGUGGGUGGAGGUCGAAGAAGGACUCUAUCACCACAAUUUACAGCACCACCCUGUCAUGAGCCUUGAUAUUAAUAUUGCACCUAUGACACUCCUGGUUGGCUCAGUCAGAGGCUUGGUUUGCCUGUGGCAGGUUAAUAAGAAUGUUGAUAACACUUACAUAUGCAAUCCUAUCACAAGAGAAUAUAUGAUCCUCCCUAGGCCACAAUACUAUAGAGAAGGGUGUACAAAUAUCGUUUAUUGUUUUGGUGUCAGUUCACUUACACGAGAAUACAAAGUGAUACGAAUCUUCCAAAGGGGUAUAAUAAUGUCACCAGAUUCCACCCCAACAUAUAGUCUAUCCGAAGCUGAGGUUUACACUCUUGGCACGGGCCAAUGGAGAAGUCUGGGUCAUGUCCCAUACUGGUUGAAUGGACACUACGGGCCAUUUCUAAACGGGCAUGCUCAUUGGAUUAUUCGUUACCAGGUUUUGCCUGAAAAGAUUUGUGCUUUCGAUUUCGAUAAGGAGACAUUUGAGUUGUUCCCAUCACCUCCUUCUGAAGUUAUAGAUGCAAGGCAGAACUAUUUCCAGAAGUUGGGUGUCCUAAAAGGUUGUUUAUGUCUAUGUGCUACCUACAAUUCUAAAUUGACGGUUUGGGUGAUGAAGGAAUAUGGGAUCAAGAAAUCUUGGCAUAAAGAGCUGGUGAUCGAAAAAGGGAUCAGCCGUGAUCUUGAUAUGUUGAUUUUGGGACACCCGCGUAUGAUGGAGUGUUUUAAAGAUGGAACUAUUUUGAUGGCAUCUUCUGGAAACAACCUAUUGCUUUACUCACCUGGGAGUAAAACAGUUACAGACACAAAAACAUUUGAUGGCUGCUUCAAAGGAUUGGCUUAUCGUCCUGGAUUUCAUAGGCUACACAACUUCAAAAACGAGAUAGUUAAAGUGUUUUGA